GCCCCGCCGAGCCCAGCUCCAGCCCUGCGGGCCCGGGGAGCGGCGCCCCGGCGGGGGCCGAGGCCGGAGCCGCUCUGCCGGGCUCCAGGGCUCCGACUCCUCCUCCCCCGGCGCCGCCGCCGCCCGCCGCGCCGGGUCCUAAAGUCGCGCGACUCAAGAGGAUGGUGCGCCUGGCCGCGGAGCUGCUGCUGCUGCUGGGGCUGCUACUGCUCACGCUGCACAUCACGGUUCUGCGCGGAUCCGGAGCCGCCGACCUGCAGGACGGGGCCACCCGAAACGACAGCGGGUCCCAGCUGCAGAAUAACCUCAACCUGGAGAGUGAGUCCAUGGCAGAAACAAGCUUUCCUCUGUCUAAAGAAGGCCCAGGAGAGCACCAGGCUGCCCAUCAACCCUUCCCCAGACAGCAAUUCCCUCAAGAGACUGGACACCCUUCACUGCAAAGAGAUGGCCCCAGAUCCUUUCUCCUCGACCUACCAAACUUUCCAGAUCUUUCCAAAGCUGAUAUCAAUGGACAGAAUCCAAAUAUUCAGGUCACCAUAGAGGUGGUAGACGGUCCUGACUCCGAAGCAGAUAAAGAUCAGCAUGCAGAAAGUAAGCCCAGCUGGUCAGUGUCAUCUCCCAACUGGCAGGCCUGGUGGCAGAGGUCCUUGGCCUUGGCAAGAGCAAACAGCGGGGACCAGGACUACAAGUACGACAGUACCUCAGAUGACAGCAACUUCCUCAACCCCCCCAGGGGCUGGGACCAUCCAGCCCCAGGCCACCGGACUUUUGAAACCAAAGAGCAGCCAGAAUAUGGAAUUGAAGACACUUUCAGGACGGCCGCCACCGAAGUGAGUUUGCUUGCGGGAAGUGAGGAGUUUAAUGCCACCAAGUUGUUUGAAGUUGACACGGACAGUUGUGAGCGAUGGAUGAGCUGCAAAAGCGAGUUCUUAAAGAAAUACAUGCACAAAGUAAUCAACGAUCUACCCAGCUGCCCCUGCUCUUACCCCACCGAGGUGGCGUACAGUACCGCCGACAUCUUCGACCGCAUCAAGCGCAAGGACUUCCGCUGGAAGGAUGCCAGUGGGCCCAAGGAGAAGCUGGAGAUCUAUAAGCCCACUGCCCGGUACUGCAUCCGCUCCAUGCUGUCCCUGGAGAGCACUACACUGGCCGCCCAGCACUGUUGCUAUGGUGACAACAUGCAGCUCAUCACCAGGGGCAAAGGGGCAGGGACGCCCAACCUCAUCAGCACCGAGUUCUCAGCCGAGCUCCACUACAAAGUGGACGUGCUGCCCUGGAUCAUCUGCAAGGGCGACUGGAGCAGGUAUAACGAAGCCCGGCCUCCCAACAACGGGCAAAAGUGCACAGAGAGCCCUCCUGAUGAGGACUACAUCAAACAGUUCCAAGAGGCCAGGGAAUACUAAAGAGAUGGGGAUGAGGUGGAGAGAAUGCACUGCUGGUUUGGGGGCACAAAUGCACUGCACUGAUCUGCCGACUGUCACCAAGUUCUUUUUAUCCACAUAUGUGUAUAUUUGUAUAUACCACAUGAGUAUUUUUAUAAAGUACACUAGAGCUGUGCACCAGGCCUGGGGGACUGCCAUGUCCAAUGCCUACAGAUCUUCUUGGAAGUCCUCCUGGUGGCCAUGUGGGCAGGAAGGGGGCAACCAGGAAGUGAGAAGAGGAUUCUGGGAGCCAUGGUGGAUGUGAUUCAAGUCAUACCUCCAUCCGGUGUUUGUAAAAGAAGGUCAGGUACCCAGAGACUGAGGUUGUAAACAUUAUA